AUGGCAAGAUACGCAACUCGCGUUGAUGAAAGAAACCAACGAUUGAAUUCAAUAAAUGAUUCAGGGAGGCAAUCAAGAUCCAUUCAGCGAGGGCCAUUUAGACGCGAAUCUAGUAGAGAUCGAAUGCAAGAUACCCUCUCUUCAUUUUAUAGAGAUCGAUUCGGAAGUCAUUCACCUGAAGAAUAUUUGAAUCUUCGAUUCUCUCAUUUUGAUGCAAAGUUAUCAAAGGAGGAUAUAAAAGAUAUAUUAGAACGCGAAUUUCAUCGAUUUGCACCAUUUGAGGCAAUUUUCAAAUUAUUUGGCAAUUUUUUCAGAUAUAUUUUUAAAAUCAUGCACAUUUCUUUUCGCAAUAUCUGCUAUUUUUUUUUAUUUCUUAGCAUGUUCGCAAAGAUUAUUAAAAUUGUACGUAAUCCUGGUGAUGACCAGCGUUUAGCAUAUGUAAAUUUUGAACGACCGGAUGCUGCUAGAACUAUUCGGCAUACAAUGUUACUUAGACUGCAAAAAUUAUUGGGAAAACGUUUACACCUAGAUCCGGCUGGUAUAAUUCGAGAUCAAGAGGGGAAAUAUAUUCCUGAUCGAUAUAAUCGAGCUUUGCAAGCCGAGCGGGAACGCGAGCGGAAAGAUCCAUUGCGGAGAAAAUCACCCAGUCGCUCUCGGAGAGAUGGUGAGGGAACAUGGAAGCUGAAAGAAGAUGAUACGGAUGCCACACGAACACUUUUUGUGGGCAACAUGCCAGCAGACAUUAGGGAAUCGGAAAUUCGUCGUGUUUUUGAAAAAUAUGGCAAAAUUGAAGAUGUCGAUAUAAAAAAUCCGCCUGAAACUAAUGCGGCAUACGCUUUCGUGUUAUUCCAGGUUUUAAAAGUAUAUUUACAGACAGUAGAAGAAGCAAUGAGCGCUAAAAAUCAUGAGCAUGAUCGUCCUAUACGCCAAGGUUCUUCUAGAUGCAAAAUUGGUUAUGGAAAAUCGCAACCAUCAAAUCGUUUAUGGAUUGGUGGACUUGGUCCAUGGACAUCGGCGGAAUACCUGGCAAAGGUAUAUAUUUAG